AUGACUGACUAUUAUCCUCUCAUUCCCACUGUUUUUAACGGAUUUUUCUAUCGAAGCACAGAUUACGCCUAUUUCUGGAUGACUCCUAUGAGCACUUCCAUGUUCAAAAUGAGCCCUAACAGUGGAUCUGAAACCAAGAUAUUUGGAGUCAACAGCUUGGGAUUUGUUUCAGCCAAUUCUGGGGUCGUGACCAAGUCUGUCAUGUUAUAUGACACGAGUGUUGCUGAUCCUUUCGCUAGAGUCGUUGCAAUCUCCAGUUUUGAUGUCACACAAGGAACGCAAAACACAUAUUCUUAUUAUUGCGAUCGAAUGGUUACCAUGAAUGGUGUGUGGUUUAUAUCAGAGGAUGGAGAACCAUCUCAAACCAACAUUCCUUAUACACCAGCUCUUACACUUCCCAUCUAUUUUCGAGAAAAUUCAGGAGCCUUAUGGAGAGUCGAUGAGUCGAAUCCUUAUUAUGGUUAUUUCAAGUUGACGAAUUUGAGUGAUAGCAGAGCGGCAACAGCAAUUUGUGGAUAUGAUCCUGUACAAAGUACUUUUCAUAUUCUUUUCCAAUUCUACGAUUCAGCUACAAGAUCCGUCGUUCAAACAAGAUUACAUGGAGCGACGUCAAAUUCGUUUGCAACAAUUGUACUGGAUAACGGAGAUACUUUUACAGGUACCAAUUAG